AUGGAAAAUAUGACAUUUAUAGAAAAAUGUAUUUUUGUUGCUAUGUUCAGCAUUUUCGGGGUACUUCUUGGUUAUGAUUCAGGAAAUAUGUGUUUGAUUUAUCUUGAUUUUGCAGCUUAUUUCAAAAACAAAGAAAAGUUCUUAAAAGAAUUGAUACUUUCCUUCUCCGUUGGAUCGAUUGUGGGGGGAGCCAUUUUCUGUACAGCAAGACUCAGGAAACUAAUUGUGCUACUUCUUCUUCUUAUUGCUGACGUAUCAGCUAUUAUUGGUUGCUUGGGAAUGUCCUACUCUGCCAGUUCAACACAAAUUUACAUUGGAAGAGGCAUUUUCGGAGUUGGGAUUUCUUUGAUGAGCAUAUCCAUGCCCAUUAUAAUAAUUCAGAUAUGGCCUACAAAAUGUAAGAUUGUAGCUACCACUGGCCUUGCUUAUCAGAUAGGCUUAGUGGCAUCGCAAUUACUAGUUGCUGGGGAUGGUUGGAGAUCAUUAGUGAACUCCUACAUCUGGCUUUUACUUCCACAUUUGCUGUUGCUUGUCUUUGUUUUGUGCUUUAUGCAUAAGGGAGUUGGCCAAUCGCAGUCUGAGUCUCGGGUUGAUGGUGUUUUUCAAAAUUGUAAAGGACUCGUUGCAUCAGUAAUUGUGCAGUUGUCCGCCUCUGUACUUGGUGUGAAGGACUUCACCAAACUCACCUCUAUCUUGGCCAACGCAGAUCUAUCUGACUACGUUACUGCUUCAUCACUCUUGGGCUCAAUAGUCAGUGUAUUUUUGGUUGUCAAGUUAAAGCGCAAGGUACUGUUGGUAACUUCACUCUUACUCAUGACUGUCGAAUUGGCCUUAAUGGGGUUUUUGGUUCCUAACAGUGGACCUACUCUGACAAAGGUGAUGGUAUGCUCUUACAUUUUUACGCUAUGUUCGGUCAUGUCUGGAUUGCCUUCAGUUUACACGUUUGAAGCAUUUCCGAAAGAAUAUCGGGGGGUUGGCUUCGCUAUCGUUUGUCUACUAACAGAGAUAUUGCAAGUAGUAAUAUUCAUUGGUCUCGAUAUGCUGACCAUUGAUAUGGGAUUUCAGGGUUCUAUCUAUGCCUAUGCCGUGCUUAGUCUGGUGGGGCUCGUUCUAACCCAUUUUUUCGUCUUUGAGACAAAAACAACCUGA